UCUCCUCAAUCAUUCAUCGUCUACUGCUCCUACUUCUCCAGCAAAAAUGGCCGAUAUCAUUUCCGGCAUCAGUGGCCGAGCCAGCCCGGGUGAUUUACCCGGGCUAAUUCCAGGUUGUGAGCAAUGGCCGCCAACUCCGACACCGUCGUCCCAGACUAAUUCCUCUUUUCGUGUUUUCCAUUUAUUUUCCCCUGUAAAUUCGAGAUUCGGCAUCGUCGGCCUCCGGGCUACAGCCCGGAUAAACCAUAACCUGAUUCCGCCCUUGUCCGGCAUCAUUUCAUUCUUCACUUGUCUCAAGGAUUGCUGCUUCCAAUCUUGUAACUACAUCGUCUCAUACGAGAGAAUCAUCUCCUCCUUGGCCACAGAGCUCGCCCAACUCAAGAGCAAACGCGAGGAUAUCAAGAGGCAAAUCGAGGCAGCCGAAAGGGAUGGGCUCAAUCCAAAGAAAGAAGUCCUCGGUUGGCUUCAAUCCGUCGAAGCCCUCACUUCCGAGACUGAAAACAUAAAUGCCGCAUACCACCAGAUGUUCAAGUGUCUCUGUAACUUUCCUGUCAAUGUGCGCUCUGGCUACCCCCUCAGAAGCAAAGCUAAGGCGGCGCUUAUUACAGCAGCCGACCUAAAGGAGAAGGCCAGAGAGUUCACCGACGUAGCUGAUAACCUAGACGUCGAGAAGGCCAGAGAGUUCACCGACGUAGCUGAUAACCUAGACGUCGAUCGCUUUCUCGAGAUGCCGAAUCCUAAAACAGUCGGCAUGAAAACAGCGCUGGCAGCACUGCAAGGCAAUGCAAGAGAUGACGAUGUCAGCAUCAUUGGGAUCCACGGUAUGGGCGGCGUGGGCAAGACGGCACUUUUGAGAAGAUUCAACAAUCAUUUUGCAGAGAAGGAAGUGGAUAAUCUGGAUGUCGUCAUCUACCUCGAGUUAUCGACGGGGUACAAAGUGGAGGAGAUCCAGAAGUCCCUCUUCGAUCGAUUGAAACUCACAUGGAAAGACGAGGAGUCGCAGAGGAACAGAGCCGGCCGCCUUUUCCGUGUGCUGAGCAAGAUGACAUUCUCACUGUUGCUGGAUAACGUUUGGGAGCCCUUGAACUGCCAAAUCGUAGGAAUUCCACUUCUGCAGAAGCCGUCCAAGAGCAAGAUCGUGUUCGCCACCCGUAUGGAGGAGGUCUGCAGCAGCAUGGGCGCAGAGAAGACGAUCAAACUGGAAUGCUUAUCGGAGGAGGCUUCUUGGGAUCUCUUCAGAUUCAACGCAAAGCUGGAGCUUGUCAACACCAGCACAUUGAUACUGAAUCUGGCGAGAGCUUUGGUCCAACAGUGCGCCGGUUUGCCGGCGGCGCUCAUCACCGUCGCGCAAGCAAUGGCGAGCAAAAGGACGAUCGCAGAGUGGAGGCAUGUGCUGGCUAUCAUGAAGGAGGCUCCGUUCCAGCUUCCAGGAAUGGAGGAGCAUGUCUAUCAUCCUCUCAAACUCUCCUACGACCGUCUGAGCGACACAUUGCGAACGUGCGCGUCCUACUUCGCUCUGGUGCAGGAAGGAUGCUGGCUGAGCAAAUUCUACGUUAGGGAGCUCUGGAUCGGCGAAGGUUUCAUCAACGACUUUGAGAGGUUGUCAGAUACUGCAGACAAAGCAUCAUAUCUGCUCGGAAUGCUACUCGCGGCGUCUCUGAUACAAAGAAUCGAUAGCGAGUACUUCAAAAUGCACCCCAUGGUUCGCUCCAUGAUACUGUGGAUGGAAUGCGAUUGCGGGAAGAAGGAGAGCAAAUGGCUGAUAGGAGAUCGACAUAGUCUUGCAGAAGCACCUGGAGCAGAGAAGUGGAGAGUCGCCGAGAGGAUAUCUUUGGGCUGGAACAACAUAACUCUUCUUCCUGACGAGCCUCAGUGCCCCGACUUGAUCUACUUGCAUCUCCGGAACAAUCAUCCUCUCAAGAACAUUCCCAAUGAGUUUUUCUCCCAUAUGCCUUGUCUCAGAAUCCUGGAUCUUCAGCAAACUUCCAUAGACGAGCUUCCACCAGGGAUUGGCAAUCUUUCCCAGCUCCAAUUGCUUGAUUUAUCCAGCACUAGGAUUGCGUCUCUGCCGAGGGAAAUUCAAGCUCUGGUGAAUCUCAGAUACUUGGCGAUGUCAUCAGCUACACAUUUAAGAAGCAUUCCUAGCGCUGUCAUUCCUUGUCUUCACCAUCUGCAAUGGCUGAAUAUGUACAACAGUUACAGUGGGUGGAGGGUGAUGGGAGCCCUGCAAUUGGACGGAGAGGGUGUACUUCUCAAUGAGGUAGAAAGCUUGAAGAAAUUAAAGGUUCUUGGCAUCACCAUGAGCUCAGUAACUACUCUUCGAAGAUUCUGUGAGUCGCAAAGGCUUACAGCCGCUGUGCAUUGGCUCCAGAUCGAAGGCUGCGGAGGCUUGACAAGCCUCGACAUUCCAUCUACUUACUGUCUUGGAGAAAACAUGCAGAACAUGGUACAAAUCCGACUCCAUGCCAUGACUGAUCUUGAAGAGGUAUUUAUUGGUGGUGAUCUUCAUGCGUGCAAUGCUCUGUCGGGCCUUGAAUAUCUUCGUCUCUUGGCUCUCCCAAAAGCUAAGAUUAUCUGGAAGAACAGGUGUUUAGAGAAUCUACUUGAGCUGGAAAUUGAAGAUUGCAAUGCAAUUGAUCGGCUAAUGAAGGUGGUAACAAAUGCAACUAAUUCUACAGAGACUAUUACAAUCUUCCCUAGACUAAGAAAAAUUGUGCUUCGAAAGCUACCGGAGUUGGAGAGUUUGAGUGACGGAGAUCAAGUAAUAGCAUUUCCUUCCCUGGAGACGAUGGAAGUGAGGAAUUGUCCCAAGCUAAAGAAGCUGACAUUGGCUGCUGAAAACUUGACAGAGAUCAAAUGUGACAGAGAAUGGCAGGAUGAGCUAGAUUGGUCGGAUGAAAGAACAUUGUCCUUCCAAAAACUCUUCGAGAGACCGGAUCGAAGAUGAAGAAUCAUCAUCUAGAUUGGUGGGUUUUUUUGCUGGCUGCAGUGUGCUUUUGAGAGAGUUAUAUAUGCAUGACUAAUAGAAUCUAUCACAAUCUCUGAAUCACCCAAGUUUUCUUCACCUAUUUGAAUGAAUCUAUCACAUACUUGAUAGAGAUCUGAAUCAUCUAUAAAUACAAU